AUGGGGAAAGUUCGAGUCUUGAACGUCACCCGCGUCUUACUCUCGCCACUUGACGGCGCCAGUCCGGAAGCCAUCAAGCUCUCCUUCUUCGACGCCAGAUGGAUUCGCUUCCCUCCCCUGCAACUGCUGCUGCUGUUCAGCACCGACCGCCCGAUCCCCUCCCUCGUCGACGAGUUCAGGGAGUCCCUCUCCCAGACGCUUUCUCGUUAUUAUGCCCUCGCCGGGAAGUUCACCGCGGUCGACGGCACCGGCGACCUCGUGAUAAGUUUCUCCGGCGACGGAGACAAUGGGGUCGAUUUCCUUUGGGCAGAGGCGGAGGGGAUCCAUUUCCAACGGCUCACGGACUACCAGGACUACGACAUGGAGGCGUUGUCGUCUCUUGUGCCGGUCUUAGACGCGAGUCAGCUUCCGGGUCCGGUGUUCUCCGCGCAGGUCACGGGUUUUCCUGGGAGAGGAGUGACGAUUGGGUUCUCUAUGCACCACAUGGCGGCCUAUGGCAAGACCAUAUGGCAGUUCCUUGAUGCGUGGGCGGCGGAGUGCCGGAUGUCUUCCGCCGGGGGGGCAUCGAGUCUCCCGGAGCCACCGCAUGGCUGA